UUGAAGAAGAAUGACAUGAAUGAAGCCUGAACUUAGGCUAAAUUAUAGGAUUGGCCUGACCUGACAUCCAACCACAGACAUGUUCCUGUGAUUUUGUGAAGCUCGCUAACUUCUAUAAUUAUUUUGCAACAGUGAACUGCAUGCGUGCCUUCAAUUUAAUUGAACAAACUGUAGCCUACUUCACCAUUGGAGCUGACAGCAGGACAGUUCAUUGUAAUCGUGGUGAACUAUCAAAAUCAACAUUUACAAGAAGGUCUGUUGUUUGACAUGAAACAAGGUUAGUACUUCUGCAGAUGUUUACUGUACAUUUUUCCAGCUUGUCUCAUUUUGGCCCCCGAAAAGGGUAAAUUCACCUUGUUACAUUGUACCUGCACAUAAACCCACAAUUAAGAUGGAGAAGAAGGAAGGAUCAAGUCUUGAAGUAGUCAGUGUUGAUAAUGUCCCACUUGGUGGUGCUGAUGAUAAAGCAUCAUCAAGUAAAUGUGAUGAGAUUCGUGAGUUGAGGCAUCCAACCAGUGGGAAACAACUCUUCGCCUGUAAUGUUUGCAACAAAGUGUUCUUCAGCCAGUGCUCCGUGAGAAGCCAUCUAGAGCUUCACCGAGGAGACAGAUCGUUUGUAUGCGGCAUCUGCAACAAGGUGUUGUUGAGUCAGAACGAGCUGGUGAGGCAUCGUCAGAGCCACACGUUUGCGAGGCCCCACCAUUGCACGGAUUGCGGGAAGACAUUUGCUGACAAGAGUAACUUAGUCCGACACCAGCUGGUCCACAAAGGCGAGAAGCGAUUUGUGUGUGCCAUCUGCGGAAAAGCAUUUCUGCGUCGAAGCAACCUGACGGUCCACCACUUUACCCAUACAACGGAGAAGCCUUACACCUGUCAAAUCUGUGGUGAUGGAUUUACUAAUAAGAGAUACCUGUUAUCUCAUCAGCAAGCACACAAUGAAGAGAGUUCCUUCAUUUGUAGUGUGUGUAGGUCAGAUUUCACCUCAAGGGAGAGUCUCGCAAAGCAUCAACUCACCUGUCGCUCCAGCGAGAGAGCUAACGACGAGUACACCUGUGACAUCUGUGGGAAAGUUUUCAGUGAAGAAAGUUCUCUCUCCAACCACAAGAAGACACACACUGAAUAUGUUGAGGGAAAGACUGUAGCUGUAGCCCAGGGCACCCAUUCUCCACCAGCUCCAAAGCAGUUGGAGUUAGGGGACCAGGCUAAGACUGAGUAUGACUCUAACAUAAGUGCGAAGCCACUGCCUGAUAACGCCACUCUUCAAGGGCCCCAGCUUACUCAUUCUACGCCAGGGUCCCAUGCAAUCAUUUGCCAAAUAUGUGGUGAACCCUUCGACACAACUGCAGAUCUGAAACGCCAUGAAACCAUUCACAAUAACAAGGACCAACUGUUUGUCUGUGGCGUUUGUGGUAAGGGUUUUACUAAGUUACAUUGCCUGCGAACCCACCAGCGUAUCCAUCAGAAAGAGACCGGUCACAAAUGUAAUGAUUGUGGUAAAGUAUUCGCACAGAAGCGUAUUCUACUAUCCCACCAGCGAGGCCAUUGCAGCCAGGCGUCAUAUAUAAGUAGCCAAACAUUCUCAUCACCUAAUGAUCUGGAGGCACAUACACUUGGUGCCAGCCAAAAUAGUCCUUAAACUAAAGGGCACAUUCAUGUGAUUUUUGCACUUGGGGCUUAAUUUGUUGUCGUAGGUGCAUACAGGGUGGUGCAAAAAAAAGAGGAAUCCCACCUUUGACAGGAAUUUUUACCUAUUACCAGAUUACUUUGUACU